CUUCUGUUGGGAGUAUCCAACAGAGACCCAGAAGGGUUUCUGUCAGAGUCAAGACUAACAGAGAUCCUGAGGACUUCUGUUCUGGAGCAGAGAACCAAAGGUCCUCUGUUUCAAUAAUGCCUUAAGAGGCACUUCUGCUCUUGAAGUCCUUCUGCUCUUGAAGCCCUUCUGCUCUUGAAGGUCUUCUGUCAAGUCGAAUACUUCUAAGAAUUUUACAAAGGAAAUUCUAAUACAUAAUUUCUAAAGGGGUACUCUAAAGUCCUAAUUAAUCUAGCAUCAUCAAAAUCUAAUUACAAUUAUUCCUUACAAUUUCCCCCCUUUUGAUGAUGCCAAAACCCUUUAACUAUUUCCAGAGAAGUGCCUUCACCAUAAAAAAAUAUUAAGUUUAAAACUUCCAUUAAAAUCUUGGUGGGCAACUUGGCAUAGGAAAAUAGUAAGAGUACGAUACAUUCAGAUAGCAGAAUAUAACAGAAAUAAACAAACACAAGCAGAAGGCAAAAAGACAAGAAUUUGAGGAAAAGCACUUCAAAGUAAGAAGGCAGAGAUGUGAUUUUAUUAGAUAGAUUUUACAGAGUUUAAACCUUACACAUUCUCCAGAUUAGCUGCAUGUAGAGCUUCUUCCUCUAGUCUUUGAAGCCUGAGCAGUUCUUCGUUUAUUUCAGCUCUGAUUUUGAACAGAUUGCCAGACCUUUGAUAAGAUGCCCAUAUUGGAGAAAGCUUACAGUCCAAAUAGUUGAGGACACCUUCAUGUAUGGUCUUUCCUGGGACAAUGUUCUUCUUGUACCAUUCUUCUGCUUCUUCAAGUGAUCCUCCAUACCUAACUCUGACAGCACCAUCUUUGUCCAGAUAGAGGUGCUGUUGUUGGGUAGGAGUCAUUUUAGCCUUCAUCUCUUCAAAUUGAGCUCUGUCAAUGUUCUGAGAGCCACCCAAUCUCCACUCAGUGAAGUUGAAAACUUUCUUCUUCUUGGUGCUCUUCUUUAUUGGAGAUGGGGGUCUAGGUAUGCCUGCUGCUCUUUUCUUUUGUAGGGCAGCUUCAAAAUAGGGAGCCGGAUCUACUGCAGGCUCACCAGAGGAGGGUGGCCUGGUAGGAGUUCUGUGAGACCUAGGCCUGGUCUGUUGAGGGUCCUCACCAUGCCAAGAUUGACAUGGAGUUCAUGGUGGUCAACCUCCAGUGCGCCCACAACCUGAUCUUGGGGCGGCCAGCGCUGGAGGACUUAGAGGCCAUCAUCUCCAUGAAGCACUUAUGUCUGAAGUUCCCACCAAUGACGGCAUCGGCUACGCCAGAGGAAACCAGAGGAUAGCUAGAGCGUGCUACCUCAAGCUGACAAGGCCGACCGAGAGGGAGGGCCAGAGGAUAGACACCAUCACGGCAACCGUUGCCAAGGACGAGGAGAGGCCACAUGCUGAGCCGGCCGAGGAGGUCCCUCUGAAUACCUCCCGGCCGGAGCGGGUCCUCAGGAUCGGGAAGCAGCUCCCCCGGGACCAACGAGAUGCCAUCCUCCUCGUCCUACGGUCAUAUGCCGUUGUCUUCGCGUGGGGCCCGGACGAUAUGCCGCCAGGUGAUCACUCACCGGCUGACCGUCGAUCCGGCCUCCACGCCCAUCAAGCAGAAGCGACGCUACUUGUCCGCCGACAGACGGGACUUCAUCAAAGGGGAGGUCGCCAUGCUCCUCUCAAUCAAACACAUUAAAGAGGUGAAAUACCCGACGUGGUUGGCCAACGUCGUCCUCGCCCAGAAACCGCCGACAUUCAGGAUGUGUGUUGAUUACACUGACCUGAACAAGGCGUGCCCCAUGGACCCGUUCCCUCUCCCCAACAUUGAUCAGCUGGUGGACGAGACGGCGGGGUGCGAGUUGAUGUCGUUCCUUGACGCCUUCAGAGGGUACCACCAAAUCUCCAUGCAUGAAGAUGACGCUGAGAAGACGGCAUUCAUGACCCCGGAAGGAAUCUUUUGCUACCUCGUCAUGGCCUUCGGACUCAAAAACUCCGGCGCCACCUAUAUUAGGAUGGUGGCCAAGAUCUUCAGGGCGGUCCUUGGCCGGACGAUGGAGGCAUACGUCGACGAUAUGAUUGUCAAGAGCAGGCAGGCCUCCUCCCACGCCGACGACCUCCGGGAAAUAUUUGAAAUCAUGAAGGAGUUCAGGCUCCGCCUGAACCCCAAGAAGUGCGCAUUCGGCGUCCAGGGCGGCAAGUUCCUCGGCUACAUGGUCAGCCGGAGAGGCAUCGAGAUAAACCCGGAGAAGACGCAGGCUAUCAUCAACAUGGAGCCACCCCGUAACGUCAAGGAAGUACAACGACUGACGGGGCACCUGGCGGCCCUGAACCGGUUCCUCUCCAGGUCAGCCGAGAGGGCACUCCCCUUCUUUCAGAUCAUGCGUAAGGCCAACAGCUUCAAGUGGACGACGGAGUGCCAGGAGGCAUUCGACGAAUUGAAGCGGUACCUGUCGUCCCCACCCGUGCUCUCCAAGCCCAAAGCCGGCGAAACCCUCUUCUUGUACUUAGGGGUGAGCACGUCGGCCAUCAGCUCUGUGCUCAUCCGUGAGGACGAAGGGGUGCAAAAGGCCAUCUUCUACAUCAGCAAGACACUCAGGGAGGCCGAGCUCAGGUACUCCCCCAUUGAGAAGACGGUGCUGGCCAUCGUCCAUACGGUAAAGAAGCUGGGACACUACUUUCAGGCCCAUGCCGUCCAUGUGCUAACCCAGCAGCCUCUCGGCGCACUCAUGAGGAGCCCCACCAGCUCCUCUAGGAUGGUGAAAUGGGCGAUCUUCCUCAGCCAAUUUCAAAUUGAGAUCAAGCCAAGGCCGUCUAUCAAAGGGCAAGCCUUGGCCGACUUCGUCACUGAAUGCACAGCAAGGGAGACGGCCGUUGCCAACCCCGGGCCGGAGCCGGACGAUACAUGGAUCCUAUUCACUGACGGCUCGUCGGCCGCUAAAUCAUGCGGUGGCGGCGUCGUCCUCAUAUCCCCUGAAGGAUUCAGAGCUUACUAUGCCAUCCGCUUCAACUUCAGGGUAUCCAACAAUGAAGCCGAGUAUGAGGCCUUCCUCAGCGGUCUCAGACUCGCUGCCGGCCUCAAGGCCAAGCACCUCAAAAUCAAGUGCGACUCCAAACUGGUAGUGGGCCAGGUGGAAGGCUCGUACGAAGCAAAGGAAGGCCGGAUGAAGCAGUACAAACAAGCGGCGGAGGAGCUGCUGAAGGCGUUCGAAACCCACGAGAUCACACAGAUCCCAAGGGCCGAGAACGCCGAGGCCGACAUCCUCUCCAAACUUAGCUCGGACACCCCGGAGCACAUCUCCCGGUUGGCCAAGAUCGAGGAGUUGAGCAUGUCCAGCAUCCAUGUCAGCCCCGUCUUGUGCGUCCAACAGCGACCCGAGGACUGGAUCUCCGACAUCGUCACCUUCAUCACGACGGGGGAGCUGCCCCCGGACGAGGAGAGGGCCAAACUUGCCAAACUCAGGGCCCCAAGCUACACCAUUGAAGAUGGCAAACUCUACAAACGAUCCUAAAAUGGCACUCUCCUUCGAUGCCUCCACCAGGAUGAGGCCGACGUGGCCAUGGAAGAAGUUCAUUGUGGUGUUUGCUCCUCGCACCAGGGCCCUUUCAGCAUGUCCCGGUGUCUCGUCGUCCAGGGCUUCUUCUGGCCGACGAUGGCACGAGACUGCGCUGACCUGGCCAGGAAGUGUACCACAUGCCAGGUGCUCCAGAAGGCCCCUGGUCGGCCAGCCGUCAACUACGCCCCCGUCAGCACCGCAAUUCCAUUCUCUAGAUGGGGGAUUGACCUGGUCGCCCCCCUGCCCAGAGCCGCCGGGAAUAACCGCUACAUCAUCGUCGCCGUCGACUACUUCACCAAGUGGGUCGAGGCGGAACCCCUGGCCAGCAUCACGGGGGCCAGAUGCCAAAAAUUUGUUAACAAGAACAUCAUCACACGCUUCGGCGUCCCCCAGUAGGUUAUAUCAGACAACGGCACCCAGUUCGAGACAGCCCCUUUCCAGGAGCUCCUCCGGGAGUUUGGGGUGAAGCAUCGUUUCUCCUCCGUUGCCUACCCUCAGGGCAACGGGCAGGUCGAGAACGCCAACAGAACAAUCAUGGAGGGGCUGAAGAAGAAGCUCCAGGCCGCAGGAGGUAGUUGGGUCGACGAGCUCCCCAACAUCCUGUGGUGCUACAGAACCACGCCGAGGAGGGUGACAGGUGAAACGCCUUUCGCCCUAUGCUACGGCUUUGAGGCAAAGGCGCCCAUGGAAGUUGCCAUCCCCAGCCGACGGGUGGGACAAUAUGAGCCUGACGCCAACGAAGAGAACAUGAAGAUUGACCUACACCUGGUCGAUGAGAGGCGUGAGCAAGCUUAUGUCCGAGCAGAGAACUACCGACGUCAAGUAAAAUCAUACUAUGACGCCAAGGUACGUUCCCGGGAAUUUCAGGUGGGGGACUACGUCCUCCGCCGAAGGGAAGCAAGCCAGCCGACAGAGGGUGGCAAGCUAGCGUUGAAGUACGGAGGGCCCUACAUCGUCAGUGCCGUGGUCAAACCCGGCACCUACAAGCUCAAACGCCCGAAUGGGUCCAAUGUACCACGAACGUGGACUGUACACCAUCUGGUGAAGUUUUAUCAGUAAUCCGAAGGAGGUGCAGACGGCGAAGCCCUCACCCCUUGACGGGUUACUGAUUGAACGCCACCCUCGGCCUCGAGCCACUUAUGAAUAAAAUCAUGUUCCUCCUGAUUUUUUCUCUGGAAUUUAAUGUAAACAACGUUAGCAGGUGCCCUCAUCGGCCACCUCAGAGCAAAAGGCUCAGGCAUGGCCGACGGGGGCCCCUUGCACUUGCAGCCUACGAUCAACAAGAUCAGGCGUCCCAUUGUGUUUUGUAUCAGCGAAGGGCUCAGGCCUUGCUGAGAGAGCACAUCGUCCUGGCCCCGUAAGCCUAGAAGUGAAACGCUCAGGUAUGGCCGACGAUGUCCCCAGGACGAGGGGCCCGCAAACGGCCCACAUCUUGAAACGGGAAGCUCACCGCGUCGUCCACGCGCCAGAUCGCAGGACGACGGGCCUGAAAUCAUGGCCGAGGUGACAAAAUCCCAAAACUCAGGGAUGGGCAACGACAGCCGUUGGAAACCGACCAAAAGUCUAGCCCGCGUCAUAAAUAGGCGACGGGACCCGCCCUGAGAUCACGGACGUUAUAAACGAAGUCCGAACCGGCCGAAGGACGAGCACACCCUUCGGCCGAAGCCUGAAAGAAGGAUACUCCCCGAAAGAAAAUAUAUAUAUAUAUAUAUAUAUAAGGGAAAAAGAGGGAAGCCGACGGCCGUGCACACUGGCCGGCCUCGAGCAAUGAAAAAAUAAAAUCCCCACAACUCAGGCCCAACUAGGCCAAGUACAUAUCAGUUGAACACAAGUAUAGUACCACUGACAGGUAAACAUGGACGACACGUCCACACACCACAAGGGAAUGGUCAAGGCCGAAACAUACGCUUAUAAAACCCUAACCGAAUCGGUUGGGUGACACGCGAGAGGUAACCUUCAUCGGCCACAGUCCUUUGAAACACCAACGCUUGGUAUGAAACAAAGAAUCACAAUCCUGAGGAUGACCAGGACGAAGCGGGCACUUAUCACACCCACGGAAGAAUCAAGCAAUCAAGAAACAAUCCCUACUUGCCACAGCAUCCCGGAUAGCCAUUACAGGCACUGGAACCCAAGUCGUUGGUCAAGCGAAAGCUCUUUGGGAAUUUGUUCAAGUGUCUACCAAACAGUUAGAGAAAAUUCUGAAGAAAAAGUUCCUCAAGAAGGAACUAUGCCUUAGCCGAUGAAGGUAGGGCCUUCUCUUGAGGAAAGCAAGGGGCACCCUCAUUGGCCACAAAGCCAGACCUGGGCCGAUGAUGGUAGGGCCACCUCCUAGCCGGCAGCGGUACCACAAAGAAGGAACUAUGUCUUACAUUUAUACUUAGAAAAUUCUCUAAGUACUUAAAUGGAGGAACUCUAGACGAAGCGGGUACCUGUAUACUCCAAGGUCGUUAGCUACCUACGCCUUGCAUGUGUACUUAGAAAAAAAUUUUAAGUUCAAAAGAGCAAGGUGAAGGUGCCCUUAUCGGCCACAACACAAGGAUGCAGGCCGACCUUCAUGGGCCGACAACGACAUUGGUUCAACACCUGGGAAAUCUCCCAAAGCAUUUGUCAACAAUGAGGAGAAAUCCAAUACCAGGACGAUAAGAACACCCAUCCACUUGAAGUUAAACACUUAGAAAAAUUCUAACAAAAAAGAAGAAUGAGACAACGCCAGGACGGAACGGACACCACGGUCAGGGACGGAAAGGGAAGCACUUAAGUGGACCCAAAACACUUAGGAAAUUUCUAAAAAAAUCCUAAGUGUUAUGAUAGUACAGCAACACCGGACAGGCCGACCAAGCCACCAGGCCGGAAAGAAAGCAACUACGUGGACCCAAAACACUUAGGAAAUUUUUUGAAUAAAUCCUAAGUGUUAUGAUAGUAAAGAAACGACGGCCAGGCCGACCAGGCCACCGGACAGGAUGGACUACCUCACGGACGUAGCGGACACUCGCGGGUGACCCAAGUUGUAACCUUGACACUUAGACAAAUUUCAGAAUGGAAAUGACAAAAGGCAAUAAGCAUACAAGGAAUUCAAAGCCGAUCAGGACAGCAAAAAUUUUCAUUUAUAUUCAAUUCAGUACAAAGGGGGGCGCUUCGGCCAUUACAUCAAUUCGGCAAAAAAGCGAAACUAAUUACAAGGGAGCGGGGAAUAGCCGAUCAAGCCUCUUGAGCACCUCCAUCCUCGGCUGGCUCUUCGACGUCGUUGGCUCCAUCCUCGGCCUCAGCCUCCUGGCCACCGGCAGCCGCAACACUGGUGGCAUCGUCCAGAAAAUCAAACUCCGUGUAAUCCAGCUCACCGAGGCCGGAACUCUCAAUAGGGGACUCCCGCUCCGACAGAGGAAGCUUGGCCUGCUCUUCGGGAUCUUUCAUCAGCUUUGGAAGCUUCAAGUUCCGUCUAGCCCACCCGGAUGUGUAAUUCAUGGCCUUCAGAGCACGAGAUAGCCGCCGACACAGGAGCCUCUGCAUCCGCUCCUGGCCCAUGUUAUAGUACACGACCAUCUCCCUGCUGAAAUACUCCUGGCCGGCGGGGGAGUUCAUCCCCCAAUCUUCAAGCCUGGCGGCCACCACUUCAUAACACCAUGGGAGCCUCUCAUCGGCCUUCCACCCCUCGGCCAAGAACUGCUCAACGGCCUCAUCAGCAGCCUUCACAGCGGCAGCCUCGGCCUCAGCUUUCGCCUUCACGGCUUCCUCGUUUUUGCGCCGCUCGGCCUCCAGCGCCCUUUGGCUCUCCUCGAGCUUGGCCAGGGCAUCGUCCCUGGCUGCAGCGGCUUCAUCGGCCCUCUGUUGCAAGGCCUUGGCAUCCUCCCGGAGCCGAUCCAAGCAAGCAACCGCCUCAUCGGCCGAGGCAGCUUUCUGGUCAAGCUCUUUCAGACGAGCUAUCUCCCGAUACUGCCUCUUGUGGCUCUCCAUGAGCAUAAAGGCACUCUGCACAAAAAAGGCAAACAAAGGCUCAGAAAAAUAAUUCCACUCGGACGACGACAAAAACGACACAUAAGAAGGAAGAGAACUUACUUGGACGAGGAGGUCCAUCCUGCCCUCGUACACCUUCACGUCCCCGAGCUUCUUAAGGUAGGCCUGAUCUUUGGUCGGCAUGGCCUGGGCCAGCACAUCGUGGCCAAGGACGGCAUCGUCAAACACACCCCCACCGACGGGGUAUUCACCACCUUCUGGUAGGUGGCAGCGGCAAUCUCCUUGCCAGCCCUCUUCGUCCGCGGCUCCUGGACGAGAGGAAGCGAUUGGGCAGCAUCGCUGGGAGCAGCAGUGAGGUCCACAACAGGACCACUAUCGUCCACACUGGGGACGGUAAGAGUGCCGGCCUCAGUAGCCUGGGAAGGAGACGGUGCCCUCUUCGUCUUCUUGGCGACGUUCAGGCCGGCCUCAGUCAACUUCUUCUGGCCGUCAGUAGGAGGCCUCUUCUUUUUGGAUUGGGCAGGCUUUAGGGCCGCACCAGCGGUAGCCCCGCCUCCCUCGACCGCGCCACGUCUGGCCACCUCGGCCGCCUUUACAGCCAACUCCUCGGCCGCUUUGGCCUUAGCAAUUGCCAUGAUGGAACGACGAUCCAUGACGAAAUCUACACAAAGAAAAAACAACAGAUUAGCAAGGCAAAAGAACAAAUCAUAAAGACAGAAAGCCGAAGAAAUAAUUACCAUCGGCCUCAGCAGGAAUGCCCAAAUCCGGGUCGUCGGCCUCUUCGAAGGUGGUGGUCAUCCUCGGCUAGAGUUGGAUAUCAUCCUCCUUAUCGCCAUACACAUGGUAUCUGAAGAAGCCGAGGGCGGUCAUCUUGUAUUCAGUGAUAUAAUCCUUCACGCUCCUCGGCCCCCCUUCCAAGAAAGCCUCCACCUGAGCGUCCAAGAUAGAACUCUUCAGCGGGUCAUGCAGAUUGAACCUCCCGGUAUGGCCGAGAGAGGGAAACUCGGUGCCACUCUCACCAAGGGAUACAAAAACGAACUUGCUCUUCCACCCAUGAAUGGACGAAGGCAAGUCCGUGAAGCUCCUCUUCUUCGGUAGCUGUUGAAGAGUAGCAUAGGCCGCACAGUUUUUGUGGCUUCCUCGGCCGAUCUGAUACAGAUUCAUGAAUAGGGCCGUCGUCGGCCUGUAGCCCAGCUCCUCACAGCGGAGCAAAAACCCCACCAUCAAAGAAUAGCUGUUCGGCGUCAACAAGGCCGGAGGGAGCCCUACCAUGUCAAGGUAUUCAGUGAUGAAGGGGUGAAGGGGAAACCUCAGCCCCUUGGCGAAACUCAUCGGGUAUACUCCAAAGUAUCCCGGUGGCGGAUGAAGAACAUGGUCCGUCGGCCUGGGUGCCCUAACCCGCGCGAACGGCCCCACGUACAUCUGGGCAACCAAGUAGUCGUCCGCGCUGCUCUCUGGCUUGAUCAGAAAGAUGUUUGUGAGAUCCAGGUAGGAGAUGCCAGGCCCACUCUUCGGCCUCCUUAUCCUCUUCGGCUUACCGGCUCCCUUAACGGCGGACACCGGCCUCGGGCACAGAAUAACAGCUGAAGUGGACGCCCCGUCCACCACUCGGGACGCAGCUGCGUCCUCACCUUUUGAAGAUGAGGCGGACUCCUCGUCCUCACCUUCGUCGUCCACCGGCUCCCCGGACUUAUAAGGGCUUAAAUGUUCUAUCUCCUCCUCGAACUCCUCGAGCACCUCAUAGUUGAGUGACCUAGUGGAGGGCUGGUCGUCGUACGGAUAGUAGUCUUCGUUCAAACUCUUCAUCAUAACAACUACUACGAGCCUAAAAGGAAUCACUUAGGAUCUAAGGGUGUUCAAACGCCUAAACACUAGAUCACUAGCCUAGGAAGCAAAGUAUGCAAAGUACAGAAGAUGGCGAUGAACACUAACCUUGAACACGAAGAACACGAAGAACAAGCUUGGGAGUUUAUCUCUCUAGAAAAUUGGCCAGCACUUCGACAAUUCAGAAUGCAAAUAAGGUUUCUCGUCGGAGGGGGAGGGGUAUUUAUAGAACCCCCCCAACCAACGGUCACUACACGUGGCGCCCUCCCAAUGGCCACAUCAACGGCCACCAAUGGGAGGCCACCACGUCACCAACGGGCCAGGCCCAACCCACAUAUCAACAGCCCACUGGCAAAACAGACUCUACGGCCUAUACACUUGCCGGCUUCACGAGUGCCAGCAAGCGCCCACAACGUCCUAUUUGCUUGCCAAGUUCACAAAUGCCAACAAGGAGAUGACAACGGCCAGGAAUGACAUGAAUGCCCAUCGGCUCCCCGUAACGACCCUUGAUGAUAACUCUCUACAAGCGAUCUGCGCACAAGGGUUCUCCCACAGGGUUACCUUGGCCAGGAAAUCGCCAUGAGGGUUGGAUUCAGGGGGACUACGGAGAGGCUGCUUCGGCCAGGGACUCAAGAAACUCCUUCACCCCUCACACUCUUCGGCCUGAAGCAGUGGGGGACUGGGGGACUACACCGGCCUCAACAAAACAAAAGGAAAAAUGCAAACACAAAUGUAACCACAAAGCAUGGUCACAUCGGCCAUGUAUCACACUGCGCCUCGUCGGCCAAAGGCACACAACGUCAUCAGCAACGGCCAACUCGCCACCUAAGGCAAGGACACUCAUCGUCCUCCGCCAACAGUUAAUCAUGAUGGGCUCUUCGGCCAAGAACACGAAAGCCAAUCAGCGACGGCCAAAAGGGGUGCGCAAACACCCCCUAUCGGCCACCCAAAGGAAAGGACGCCAUCGUCCUCAAAGCAGGGUUCAAACUCAGUGGCCUCAUCGGCCCAAACAUAAACUUCAAUCACCAACGUCCAAGAAAGGGAAGCGUGCCUUCAACGGCCACCAUUGAAGCAGGACACUUAUCAUCCCCAAACAAACACAUCAAGGAAGCAACGGCCUCCCCCGCCCACAACAAGGAGCAGGUAACGGCCAAAGCACAGAACAGGAUCACCAAAAUGGAAACAGCGCCAACGCCGCAACAACUAACGGCCUGGGAAUGCCCGCAUCGGCCAAAAGCACUAAAGCACGAGAAUCUACUCUCCUUCACUUCGUCUACGUCUCAGUUUAGAGAGUGGGGGACUCCUGAUGGAGUAUAUGGGUCUGAGCCCCUGGACCCACAUACUCGGAAGAACAGAAAGCACAAGACACCGAGUGGCGCCCACGUCGGCCAAGGGACCCCCGUCGGCCGAGAAGGUGCCAACUCAGAUUAUGGUCCUGAGCCCAAAGAACCCGGGUGCCCUCGUCGGCCACGCCCUCGUCGGCCACGAAGACCUCACAGAACCGGAUUUUAUACUUACUCAUUCGUACAGCCCAUUAGUGGCUUUGUAUUCGGCCCAGUAACGGUCCAGUUGUAAAUGGGCCCCCCAAGCCCAAGGCUUGGGAGCCCAGCCCGUAUUUUCUCUAUAAAUACUCCCUUUGGGAGUAGUUAUAGGGGUUACAAAUUCAUUCUAUUGAAGCAUAUUAUUGCACUUCUCUCUCUAGCUCUCACUUCUCUCUAGAUAUACUCUAUCAGUGCACAAUUAUUUUUUAGAAAACAAUCUUUAACGGGAAGGUUAGUGUGGGUCACUACGUGACCACCCUCCCCCAAGUCUCUAUGCAGUGAGAGGUCUUGGGUCCAAUUCUCACUUAAGAGAGAUGAGGGAGAUAUUGUUCUCAUGAUUCUUCCUACCUUCACGGAGUAGCUUGGUGGUUGAGGAGAGGACGAAUGAUAAUGAAACUAGCGUAUUCAUGUGGUAGGAGGAACAAUCUCGAAGAGGCAGGUGGUGUAUUAGUGUAAGUUCCACUAGAUUCGUCGUUUGGAGGUAAUUUUGACGAAGUUGAUUGUGAUUAGAUCUAUAUUUACCUACUCCAUAAUUUUAUUGGUAAUAAAAUUGUAUCGGUAAUUAAUACUCCGUAAAUGCUUACAUGUGACAUUUGAAAGUCAAUUAAUCAGCAUUUAUGCGGGCAAUUAAAAUUGUAUCGGUAAUUAAUACUCCGUAUAUUACAUUAUAAUUACGUAUAAGAGGGUAUAUAUGCGAAUAAUACAUCUCAUCUUUAUAAUAAUUGCAUAUACAAUUCCAAUUGUGCCUUUAAAUUAGGGGAUAUUUUUACCUCCAAAACAGUAGCUAAUAUGCUAUUUUAUAUAUAGAGAUUAAGAAUUAUACGUGCUACAAAUGAUUAGUUGUUCCAUUUUUUCAAAUAUGCCUAAACCUUUCCUCUCCAUCUCAUUAAAACCGACUACUUCCCAGCCCCGGAUAGCGAAAAGCUCUCAGCUUCUUCUACCCUUCAUUUCUUCUCCAUCAUGGCCAUGAACAGUAGCAGUGCCUUGACAACACCGCCACCUCCGGCCGUUGAUGUCGGCCCGGCUGUGAGAACAAACCCGUUGGUCGCAUUUUUGGAGAAGGUGCAAGAAGCUGCUCUUCGGGCUUUCGGAUCCGACGGGUUUGACCCGAAGAAAUACGUGGAUAUGUCGUUGAAUCAAAAUCUCUCGGUGAUCCAAACGGCGUUUGAUAAGCUUCCAAAUGAUGGAAACGGGUCCAUUCCCAAAGCAGAGCUGGAGAAGUUUAUUUCGGAUCAUUUGGUGGGUCCGGAUCGUGAUUUGGUGUACGCUGACCCGGUGGACUUUGUGGAUAAACCGGAGGGAUUCUUGCACAAAGUACACAACCCGGAGGUGCGAAAAUGGGCGUUGGAGAUCCAUUUUAUCUGGAAGAAUCUGAGUAGGAAAGUGGCGGAUAAAGUUAAGGAGAGGCCCGAUUUGCACACGUUGUUGCCGUUGAAGAACCCGGUUAUCAUUCCCGGGUCACGGUUUCAAGAGGUUUAUUACUGGGAUUCUUACUGGGUGAUCAGGGGCUUGUUAGCUAGCAAAAUGUAUGAAACUGCAACGGGAAUUGUUUAUAAUCUCCUGUCUCUCCUUGAUCAAUUUGGUUUUGUUCUUAAUGGUGCCCGAGCAUACUAUACUAACAGGAGGCAACCUCCUCUUUUGAGUUCUAUGGUUGUUGAUAUAUACAAGCACACUGGUGAUACUUCCCUGGUAAGCAAAUCUCUUCCUCUGCUGCUUAGGGAGCAUCAGUUUUGGAACUCAGGUAUGCAUAAAGUGAUGGUUCAGGAUCCUCAAGGAGUCAAUCACACCUUAAGUCGUUACUAUGCAAUGUGGAAUGAACCCAGACCAGAAUCGUCAACUAUUGACAAAGAAACGGCUUUCAAACUGUCAGAUAAGAAUGAGAAAAAACACUUGUAUCGUGAAAUCGCAACAACAGCUGAAUCUGGAUGGGAUUUCACCUCACGGUUUAUGAGGAAUGGAUCUGAUCUUACAACACUAGCCACAACGUCAAUUCUGCCAGUGGAUCUUAAUGCAUUCAUUCUCAAGAUGGAACUUGAUAUUGGCUUUCUAGCUGGUGUUCUUGGAAAAAAAGAUUUGGUUGAACUUUUUAAUGAAGCUUCAAAAGCUAGAAAGGAUUCAAUUAACUCCAUAUUCUGGAACGAGGAAGUGGGGCAGUGGUGUGAUUACUGGCUCAACAACAACAAUAUUAUAUCUGAGGGUGUUCAUAAGUGGGAUUCACUGAACCAAAACAAAGGACCUUUUGCUUCAAAUUUCAUUCCCUUGUGGAUUGAUUUGUUUAAUAAAGAUCAUGGUAGAGUGGAGAAGGUAAUCACGAGCUUUAAAACAUCAGGGCUACUUUGUCCAGCAGGAAUUGCAACGACAUUGAACAAGACAGGACAACAAUGGGACUAUCCUAAUGGCUGGGCACCAUUGCAGCACAUGAUUGUGGAAGGUCUUCUCAAGUCAGGAACGCAUGAUGGGAAGUCAUUAGCCAAGGAUAUUGCGAUGAGAUGGUUAAGAACUAACUACGCCGUCUAUAAUAAAACUGGCGCAAUGUAUGAGAAGUAUGACGUUGAAAAAUGUGGGAUAUAUGGAGGUGGCGGUGAAUAUGUGGCCCAAACGGGUUUUGGAUGGUCGAAUGGAGUUGUAUUGGCACUCUUGGAGGAGUUUGGAUGGCCUGAGGACUGUAAAAUGGAUUGUCAAGAAUGAGUUAAGCCACAACUCACAUACUGCCAUACUGGAGCAUGAAAACUAUAUUCGUUAUCGACUUUUAUUAUAUGUUUUUAAAUACAUGUGGAUCGACUUUUACACUAUUUACAUUUUUCCAGUUGAGUAUCUUCUUAUAUCGUACUUACUGCUUAAUGUAUCGAACUUAAUCCGGAAUUUUUGUUCUAUGAUCUACAAGGAAAGGACAAAUAUAUUGUUGUAUGGAAUUUUUGUUGCAUAUGGUCUCAA